AUCCGGUCAGCGGUUUCAGUUUCAAGAUGGCAUCUUCUAGUUCUGAUGAAGACGAGGAAGAAGCGAGAAAACUUGCGGAGAUUGCUGGAAUAGUGGACAAAGAGGUAGAACAUGGGGGAUUAAAGAGUAAACAUGAGAGAGUCAUACCCCAGAAAAGUUUAAGAAAUUGGAGAAAGGAUGAAGAAGAAAAUGAAAUAUCAGACACUCUUAUAACACCAGAGUUCAGAAAGCAUGUUGCUAAGAAACUGUACUCUCAUCUCAAUAGCUGUAUCAAGGAGACAUCUGCGAAAGUUAAGAUAUCUAGCAUCUCUCCUGUUGGUGAUUGUGGGAUCCUUCUCUUUAACUCCUCUAAGAGAAGAAUCAUUGACCCUGAACUCACUACACAAACACAAGCUGUCAAUAAAAGAACAAAAGCAUUGCAGUCAGAUUCAAGUGACGGUGAAUGUGAAGAGGAUGUCGCACGUUUUGCUGAGGCAGCAGUGUGUGGAUACACAAUUUUAUCAAAUGGAUCCUCAAAAGAUACAAAAGGUAGCGAAGUCAAUGGAUCGAAGAGCAAACAAGAAACAGAACCAAAUAUUACCGAGGAAAUGUCUCGUAAAACAAAGAAGAAAAACAAAAAGAAGACCCGCGACAGAGAGGAGCAUAAAGUUAAACACUCACAUUGUGAUGUUAUGAAACGCCAUAAAAAGAAGAAAAAAGACAAGACCUCCUGAUGGCAAUUAGUGUGAAAACGUUUAAUCAGCAAUAUAUAUAUUUUUGUUUCCUUGUGUUGAAGAACACAAACACAAAACCAGAAUAGAAACGUUAUCAGUAACAAA